UCUCUGCUUGUAUGUUUGUUUGUGUGCUGUGCUUUGUAGCUGAAAAUUAUCAAUCUUGAGUCUAGGGUUCUGGCUGUUGUUUAUGGCUGUUGUUUGUUAGAUACAAGUUUCCAUUUCCUUCUUUCUCUUGAUCUGAUACCACAUGAUCAACUUUUCUGCUUGGAUUUAAAUUACAAUCUAGCUACAGAAGAUUAUAGGAAUCCAAAUGGGUAUUUGCUAUUCUUCUUCAGGUAAAACAAAGAAAGACCAGGAAGUAGAAAACUGGUGGAAUAGAUUGGACGAUGGUAAGGAACUGGGUACCAAAAAGAUUAACAAUUUCGAUUCAAAUUCCAAGUCCAAGAGAAGUUACUCCACCGAUUUCUCUUCAUUCAUCGGAAAGUUCUCCAUCGGCGUUGUCGGCGGCGGUGCUAGUGGUGGAGCUACUAAUACGGCAGAUGCACUUGUUCAGGUUCCGGGAAGGUUGGUUUCUAAUGGAACAUCUGUCAUCUCCAGUCUUUAUACGCAGCAGGGCAAAAAGGGUACCAACCAGGAUGCUAUGAUCGUUUGGGAGAAUUUCGAUGAUACUAGAAAGGAUACAAUCUUUUGCGGGGUUUUUGAUGGGCAUGGCCCAUAUGGUCAUAUGGUUGCAAGAAAAGUUCGAGAUUCCCUCCCUGUUCUACUCUCAACUCAAUGGAGAACAUACUCAAAUGACAAUGCAGACGCGAAGAUUAACGGUCAUGGUGGUUUGGAGGGCGAAGGAGAAGGCGAAUGGAGUGAAGCAUUGGAACAGCUUGUGGAUGAGGAGGAAGAGGAAAGGGAAAAAGUUCCAGAGAGUUAUCUUCCCCUGAAGCAAUCCAUGUUGAAAGCUUUCAAAUUGAUGGACAAAGAGCUCAAGUUUAAUGCAUCCAUUGACUGUUUCUGCAGUGGAAGCACUGCAGUUACUUUGGUUAAACAGGGUAGAAAUCUUAUAAUUGGAAACGUUGGUGAUUCAAGAGCUAUAUUGGCGACAAGAGAUAAAGACGGUGUUUUAACUGCUGUGCAGUUGACAGUCGACUUAAAACCCAAUCUUCCAAGAGAAGCUGCGAGGAUUCAACAAUGCAAGGGAAGGGUAUUUGCAUUACAAGAUGAGCCCGAGGUUGCACGUGUUUGGUUGCCUAACAGUGAUUCACCCGGUUUAGCUAUGGCCAGAGCGUUUGGAGACUUUUGUUUGAAGGAUUUCGGUUUAAUAUCCGUUCCAGAUGUUUAUUACCGACAUCUAACUGACAAAGACGAGUUUAUCGUUCUCGCUAGUGACGGGAUUUGGGAUGUACUAUCGAAUAAGGAAGUUGUGGAUGUAGUAGCAGCAACCCCUAGUCACGAUACGGCUGGAAGAGCAUUAGUCGAAUGUGCUACGAGAGCUUGGAGGCUUAAAUACCCAACAUCAAAGGUUGAUGAUUGUGCUGUCGUAUGCCUAUUCCUCAAUCACACCUCAGAAGAAAAUGUGUUGAUAAAAUCCGACGAAAAUACCAUGGUUGCAGAUACUAGAACUUUAGAAGAUGAUGAUGGUAAGACAGGUGAGAUUGUCCCGAUUUCGGAAUUAACGGAUCAAAAGCAUCCCGAUCCCGAUACAUCUUCCAUAGGGCAGUCGAAGAGGAGUCUUGCGGAUUGCCUUUCAACAACGGAGGAGGAGGAAUGGUCGGCUCUUGAAGGAAUCUCGAGGGUAAACAGCCUUCUAAGCAUACCUAGAUUCCUAUCUAACGAUAAAAGGUCAAACAGUUGGAGGAAAUGGCUAUAAAUAGAUUUCCAGGGUGUUUUUUCUUUGGAAGAGAAGAAUCCUUUCAUGUUUAGCUGUAAUCCAGGAUUUAUAUUAAUCCUUCUAUGGGUUUAUAUUGUUGAUGAUGAAGUUAUAUUAUUAUUAUUGUGAAAACAGGAAAAAACUAGCUCUGCAUAUACAAUUAUUUACACCCAUUAGGGUUUCUUUCC